AGCGUCGGCUUUACCUGAGACCAGCCACUGGCCUCCAUUGUUGGAGAAUUCGAUGGCAUUGACACAGCCGAAGUGGCCCAGGAGGUCCUUCUUGUAGAGGUUCCUGCAGCCUCGCAGGCGUCUCCGCUGGAAGUCGUGGGUGAGCAGGGGGUCCCCUUCUAAGCCCCGCUGGGACAGGAACCCCACCACGGACCGCAUGCUGCUCCCCCGGCCGCCUCUCCUCUUCAUGCUGCCGCCUGCGCCGCUCCCCGCCGCUCCUUCCCCCGCCGCCCCUUCCCCCGCUGCCGCCUCCCCUCCCCCGCUUCCCCCCUUGUUAUGGUUAUGAUGAUUUUUCUUUAGCCAGCCAUGGCAGAGAGGUGUUAGACACUCCGCCGCUUCCUGAUCCCGCUGGCUCCUCCCCGCUCCCCUCAGCAGCUGAUCCUCAGCUGCAGCCCGCGCCGCCCGGACCGGCUCUAACGCUGCGCCGCCGCUUUUGAACUCGCUGCCGGAGCGGCGCGGGAAGGGACGGAUGAGCUCGGCGCUCCGAGGGGCCGCAGAGGACGGUUCCGGCCGCCGCGCCUCAGGAGCUCGCUCCCGGCCCCGGCCCCGCGUCGGGCGGACGGGCAGGCAGGUGCUGCCGCGAGCGGGCUGCGUCCCCGAUGGAGGGGAACGGGAAAAGGGACCUCUCCGGAGCCACAGCCGCCCCGCCGGGUCCCGCCGACAACUCGCCAGAGGGAGGAUGAGGGGAAAAAAAGUAGUCCAGGACGAGCGUCAUUCAAAGAGUAACGUCUGUAAGGCCCAGCGUGGAGUCCCCAGUCCCACCUUGCAGCAUCUGACCACAUACUGCGCACAAGGCCAUGGUAAAACCCUACAAUGCUGGUUUGAGCGGGUGAAGCGAAGGAGGGAAAAGGGAGAUGAAAAAAAAUGCCCAGGCAAACGGCAGUGACGAUUACUUUGGCAACUCUGCUGGGUGUUGCAGUGGGGGGGCUGCUUUUAUGGAAGGCAACCCAGCGUCGUAAAGGAAAAGCACACUGCAGUAGCCAGCGAGAGGAAGCAGUUAACAACUCUGGAGACAAGAAACUGAGUACAGCAGAGGAUAAGGAGGAGGUGCUUUCCGUCUUCAGAUCUCCCACCUCUUCCUGGGUAGACAGAACCCUUGGUGCAGACAUAGUGAUAGUUUCAGAGCAGGAGGAGUGGGAUCACGUUGAACCUUUGCUGAAGAAGGAGCUGGAGAAGUGGCCAGUACUUGGAAUUGAUUGUGAGUGGGUAUCUGUGGAGGGAAAAGCAAAUCCUGUAUCCCUGUUGCAGAUGGCUUCUUCCAGCGGCCUCUGUGUUCUUGUUCGGUUGCCCAGGCUUGUUGCCAGCGGACAGACUAUCCCAAAGACCCUGCUGGACAUCAUGGCAGAUAGAGCUGUGCUGAAGGUUGGCGUAGGCUGCUGGGAAGAUGCUUGCAAGUUACUUCAUGAUUAUGGUCUUCAAGUCAAAGGGAGCCUGGAUCUGCGAUAUUUAGCCUCGAGGCAGCGGAAGGACCUGCUUCACAACUGCCUUAGCCUUAAGUCUUUAUCUGAAACAGUCCUGAACUGCCCACUGGACAAAUCUCCUCACGUGCGUUGCAGCAACUGGGAGGCUGAAGAACUGACACAAGAUCAGGUUCUCUAUGCUGCUAAGGAUGCCCAGGUCUCAGUGGCACUGUUCCUCCAUUUGCUGGGAUUUUCCAGCCUCCCUCCUACAUCUGAAGGCGAAAACUCCACUGCUGUUUGGGAAAAAGCACUGGGUAAAUGCCGGGGCCUGGUGGAUAUCCCGUUUAGAGGAAGAAGGGGCGGCAGUGCAGGAGAGGACAAGAGCGGAGAGGGACGCUCCCCUCAGAAAGCGAAGCAUCGGAAGCCUUCGGCCAGCGGCCCCCCCUCUGACAGUCACCAAGUGAGAGACCCGCGGAGGCAGAGGCGGAAGCCUCUGGGUGUGGGAUACUCUGCACGGAAAUCUCCGCUGUAUGACAACUGCUUCCUGCACGCACCAGAUGGACAGCCCCUGUGCACCUGUGAUCGCAAGAAGGCUCAGUGGUAUCUGGACAAAGGCAUUGGAGAGCUAGUUAGCACAGACCCAUUUGUUGUGAAGCUGCGGUUUGAGCCUUCAGGACGUCCCGACUCUCAAGUUGAUUAUUAUCUGAUGGUCAAAGAGAACCUGUGUGUUGUGUGUGGCAAGAGAGAAUCCUAUAUCCGGAAGAACAUUGUUCCUCACGAAUACCGAAAGCACUUCCCCAUCCAGAUGAAGGACCACAACUCCCACGACGUGCUGCUGCUCUGCACGUCCUGCCACGCUGUCUCCAAUCACUACGACAACCACCUGAAGCAGCAGUUGGCUGAGGAGUUCGGGGCUCCCAUCGGCUCCGAGGAGGGCGUCCGUCUGCUGGAGGACCCUCUGCGCAGGCAGGUGCGCUCGGGGGCCCGAGCCCUGCUCAAUGCAGACAGCCUGCCUGAGCUCCGGAGGGCAGAACUUCUGCAAAGCAUCAAGGACUUCUUUAACACAGAGGCAAUCACCCCAGAGAUGCUCCAGGAAGCAGCUGGUCUGGAAACCAGGAUCUACAAUGAGAGCUACACACCUCACGGACUGAAGGUGGUGCAGUGUUUUGCUAAAGGAGGCCUGCGCUCCCUUAUGCAGCUGGAGAGACGCUGGCGGCAGCAUUUCCUGGACAGCAUGCAGCCCAAGCACCUCCCAGAGCAGUGGGCAGUGGACCAUAACCACGUGAAGCUGAUCCAAAAGUAUGGGGAGGAUCUUCAGAUCCAGCUGUCCUGAAGCUCACUGCCUGUGCUCUGGACAGCGUCUAAGGGGCGUGUGAAACUGAAGGUGGAAGGACUGCUUUUAAUACAAUGUCUCCACUAACACCCGGGCCUGUGUUCCCUAACAGCCAGCAGCAGAUCUGCCAGAUUUGGCGUUUUGUAGAGUUAAAUCCAUUGACCAAAAAGGCAACAGGGAGGACCCAGGAAACUACAGGCCAGUUAGCCUCACCUCUGCCCCUAGAAAGGUGGUGGAACAGCUCAUCCUCAGUGUCAUUUGUAAACACAUGAAGGAAAAGAUGGUUAUCGGGAGGUUUCAACACAGAUUGACCAAGGGGAAAUCCUGCCUGACCAACCUGAUAGCCCUCUGUGAUGGUGUAACUGGCUGGCUAGAUGAAGGUUGAGCAGUGGAUGUCAUCUGCCUUGACUUCAGCAAGGCUUUUCACACUAUCUCCCAUAACAUCCUCAUCAGAAAGCUCAGGCAGUGUGGCUUGGAUGAGUGGACAGUGAGGUGGAUGGAGAGCUGCUGAAUGACAGAGCCCAGAGGGUGGGGAUCAAUGGAGCUGAGUCCUGUGGCCAGUGGGGUCUGUGUAGGGCCAGUCUGAUUCAACAUCUUCAUCAACAACCUGGAUGAGGGGACAAAGGGACCCUCAGCAAGUUCCCUGCGGGCACCAAACUGGGAGCACUGGCUGAUUCCCCAGAGGCUGUGCUGCCACUCAGCAGGAUCUCAACCAGCUGGAGAGUUAGGCAGAGAGGAACCUUCUGAGGUUCAACAAGGAUAAGUGCAGAGUCCUGCAGCUGGGGAGGAACAACCCCCUGCACCAGGACAGGCUGGGGGUGACCUGCUGGAGAGCAGCUCCAGGAGAGGGGCCUGGGAGUGCUGGUGGGCCGCAGACUAAGCAUGGUACAGCAGUGUGGCCUUGUGGGCAAGAAGCCAAUGGCAUCCUGAGGGCAUCCAGAAGAGUGUGGGCAGCAGGUCAAGGGAGGUUCACCUCCCCCUCUACUCUAUCCUGGUGAGGCCUCAUCUGGAGUCCUGUGGCCAGUGCUGGGCUCCCCAGCUCCAGAGGGACAGGGAACUGCUGGAGAGAGGCGAGUGCAGGGACACCAAGAUGAUCAGGGGACUGGAGCAUCUUCCUGAUGAGGAAAGGCUGUGGGACCUGGGGCUGUUCAGUCUGGAGGAGACUGGGGAGACACCGCAUUAAUACAAGUAUUUAAAAAGUGUCUGUUAGGACGAUGGAGGGGGCACUUUUUCUGUUGUCUCCUUUCCUAGUUUAUCACUGACUAGUUCAGUGUGGUACACUAAGGGAACUCGUCUUCUUAAAGUGACUAUGGAGAGUUGUUUUCUGCCACCCAGGAUGUGUGAUGCAUCCAGACCAUUUCUCUAACACAGAGCACAAUAUAUGAACAUCUGUAGGUUUUCUGGCAGAUGUAUCUGCGCCCUUGGCUGCAGCUUGACUCUCCUGAUAAAAGCCUUUCUUUGGUUUCUGUGCAGUUGUACUCAUACCACAUCUUCUCAGAGAAGUCUCCCUGUCAGAGAGAGAUUCCUUGUUUUUGGAAGUGGUAAAGAAAGCUUACUUUAUAUUUGUGUGGAGUCAGCUGUAUCAGCAUCACAGGCAGGGCUCAGGGAGCUGCCUGGUGGCAGGUGCCUGCUGAGGAGUGCCACUCUGGCAGUAGGGAUGCACCCUCUUGAGUUUUCUCUUAAAACAGCCUCCAGCAACACAUAGUGUAUUAAAAACUCCUUCUUUCCUAAUUCCAUUACUUUUUCUUGAAUAGCUUGUGGUAAGUACCUUUUGCUAUCUGCCUGAAAUGAGGUCAGGUGUCUCACAAGAGAUGAGAGGAUGCAAAGUUCAUCUGAAGACCAGCAUCUUGUAAGAGAUCAGACACUGGAAAAUCUGGUGUUCUUUCCCUGGAGUUGACAUGUGUGGUGGUAAGCAGGUCAUACUCUCUGCAUGUCCCUAAAAUGGGACUGAUAAUACUUAGCUAUCUCACAAGGGUGUUGUGAGGCUUGGUUAAUUAAUGUUUUUGUAAAUGCUUUGAAAAUCUGAAGCUAGCACGUGCUGAGCGCUACUGGUGUUUAUCGAAUGUGCUGCUCUCUGACUUUCUUAAAUGCUCAUGUUUUUUGCCUGGUGCUAGACCUUAGUUAAAUAUAACUUUUAAAAACUA